GGUACUGAUCAGGUGGUUGCAGAGCUUCAGCUCACAGCAACACAAUGCAGCUGAGCAGGCAAGCACAGCCCACAGCCAGAAACAGUUCCGACUCUACAGAACAAGACGACCUUUAAGUUUCCCAGAGAAAAUGAGAUGCUGAUGUUGAAGACGACACCACGGCUUUGAUGGAAUAUCAGAUAUUGAAAAUGUCUCUCUGCCUGUUCAUCCUUCUGUUUCUCACACCUGGUAUUUUAUGCAUUUGUCCUCUCCAAUGUAUAUGCACAGAGAGGCACAGGCAUGUGGACUGUUCAGGCAGAAACUUGACUACAUUACCAUCUGGACUGCAAGAGAAUAUUAUACAUUUAAACCUGUCUUAUAACCACUUUACUGAUCUGCAUAACCAGUUAACCCAAUAUACCAAUCUGAGGACCCUGGACAUUUCAAACAACAGGCUUGAAAGCCUGCCUGCUCAGUUACCUCGGUCUCUGUGGAACAUGUCUGCUGCUAACAACAACAUUAAACUUCUUGACAAAUCUGAUACUGCUUAUCAGUGGAAUCUUAAAUAUCUGGAUGUUUCUAAGAACAUGCUGGAAAAGGCUGUCCUCAUUAAAAAUACACUAAGAAGUCUCGAGGUUCUCAACCUCAGUAGUAACAAACUUUGGACAGUUCCAACCAACAUGCCCUCCAAACUACAUAUCGUGGACCUGUCUAAUAAUUCUUUGACACAAAUUCUUCCAGGUACAUUAAUAAACCUGACAACUCUCACACAUCUUUACCUGCACAACAAUAAGUUCACAUUCAUUCCAGACCAAUCUUUUGACCAACUCUUUCAGUUGCAAGAGAUAACCCUUUACAAUAACAGGUGGUCAUGUGACCACAAACAAAACAUUACUUACUUACUGAAGUGGAUGAUGGAAACAAAAGCCCAUGUGAUAGGGACUCCAUGUUCUACCCAAAUAUCAUCUUUAAAGGAACAUAACAUAUAUCCCACACCUUCUGGAUUUACCUCAAGCUUAUUCACUGUAAGUGGGAUGCAGACAGUGGACACCAUUAACUCUCUGAGUGUGGUAACUCAACCCAAAGUGACCAAAAUACCCAAACAAUAUCGAACAAAGGAAACAACGUUUGGUGCCACUCUAAGCAAAGACACCACCUUUACUAGCACUGAUAAGGCUUUUGUGCCCUAUCCAGAAGAUACAUCCACAGAGACUAUCAAUUCACAUGAAGCAGCAGCUGCAACUCUAACUAUUCAUCUCCAAGAUGGAAUGGUUACAAACACAAGCCUCACUAGCUCAACAAAAUCAUCCCCAACACCCAUGACCCUAAGUAUCACUAGUGGCAUGCCAAAUAAUUUCUCUGAAAUGCCUCAACAAAGCACAACCCUUAACUUAUGGAGGGAAGAGACAACCACAAAUGUAAAGACUCCAUUACCUUCUGUGGCAAAUGCUUGGAAAGUAAAUGCUUCAUUUCUCUUAAUGCUCAAUGUUGUGGUCAUGCUGGCUGUCUGAGGGUCUGCAUUUUCUGAAACUAAUGAAAGCACUCCUCCCUGAUGUACAGUUGGGAAAAUAUGUCCAUAUCUAACCAGUGAUUUGAGCUAUAUUUAAGUAUUCAAGAAAGCCAGUCUUAACAUUUCUGACUCUGAUGUAAAUGAAGUAACUUGUCUUAAAUAAAAGAAAUGCACAAUGUCUUGGUA